GUUUGGACUCCGCUGACUGAUAAAGGAGAGGGAGAAGGAGAGAGCAUCAAUGUCUCUGGGUUGCCUCGAUUCAUGCAUCAGCCAGGACUUGAUCUCGUCAUCGGGCCUGCUGUGCUGAAAUAAUGAAAGAAUGGCGAAACGGCGAGAUGCGGACGAAGGAGAGCUGACUGAGACCGCAGUCCACAGAGAUGAGCAGCAUCGCGCCCGGCUGGCCAAGAUGGAUGGAGCGGAGGAGAGAGGAGAGGAUCUGUCGUUGGGGGAGAUACUGACGCUUUACAGCCAACCGAUAAACGAGGAGCAGGCUUGGGGGGUGUGUUAUCAAUGCUGCCGGACGCUGUCAAAGGGAGCGGGGGAAUGCAGGGGGACCUCCGCAUCAGGGACGGAUUACUGGAGACGAAUAGACGGACCUGGGGAUGUGAGGAUUCAGAAAGACGGCUCUGUUACAAUACAGUAUCAAAGCAUGUCAGGUAAAUACAGCCCUUGCACACUGACAGAGAUGAUCGAGUCCCUGGGCAUCAUGAUCUACAAGGCUUUGGACUAUGGUCUUAAGGAGAAUGAGGAGAGGGAGCUAAGCCCUCCUCUGGAGCAGCUCAUUGACCUCAUGACUAACAUGACUGUGGCUGAACAAGACCACUGCCCCGAUGAAGGCUACGAGGCCACUGAGGAAGAGGAGGAGGCAGAGGAUGACCCUGCAAAUAGCUGUAAUGUUCAGGGCUACAGGGAUAUACUCAAGCUUUGUACAUCCCAUCUACCAAGGCCAUCAGAUGCCCCCAGUCACUACCAGGCAGUGUGUCGGGCACUCUAUACAGAGACCAGAGAGCUACACACCUUCUUGGAAAAAAUAAAGAGUGCCAAAGAGAACCUGCGGAAGAUGGAGGGAGCAUCAUCAGAAGACCCCAGCAAAGACCUGGAUGACCUCCAGAAUUCAGACUGGGCCCGAUUCUGGGUUCAGGUGAUGAGAGACCUGCGAGAUGGAGUUAAGCUGAAAAAGGUCCAGGAGCGCCAGUACAACCCUCUGCCCAUCGAGUACCAGCUCACUCCCUAUGAAAUGCUCAUGGAUGACAUUCGGUCCAAACGAUAUAAACUCCGCAAGGUCAUGGUGAACGGAGACAUCCCCCCUCGAUUAAAGAAGAGUGCCCAUGAGGUCAUCCUGGAGUUCAUCAGGUCCAGACCUCCACUCAACCCAGUAUCGGCUCGUAAACUGAAGCCCCAGGCCCAGCCCCCCCCCACCCUGCAUGAGCGCAUCCUGGAGGAGAUUAAAGCCGAGAGGAAACUUCGGCCAGUGUCUCCUGAAGAGAUUCGCAGGGGAAGGCUGGUAAUGCGGCCACUUAGCAUGUCUUUCAGUUUUGAUGUGUCAGACGAAUUUAGUCCCUACAUGGGCAGGAGGACAUCCAGCACCCUGUCUCUGGCCAAUGGAUCGCUGUCUCCAAGAACUGACACCUCUGGAUCUCAAUCUGCACCUCAGAGGAAAAGACUUCUGAAAGCGCCCAGCCUCGCUGAGCUGGACAGCUCCGACUCUGAUGAUGAAACGGUUGGGCGGCGAUCAGCCAGCAGCUCCAGCGUGGCUACAUCGUUGAUGGAUGAUACAUCCCCUGAGCCAGCAUUGGGAAAGAAAACUCCCCCCUUGUUCCUGCCUAUCUCCUCCACACCCCAGCCGGAGAGGCGUCAGAACACCCAGCAGAGGAGACAUUCAAUCGAGAAGGAAACACCCACCGACGUCCGACAGUUCCAGCCGCCCUCCAGACAAAGCUCCAAGUCUCUGGAGGAGUUCUGUUUCCCUGUGGAGUGCCUGUCUCUGACUGUGGAGGAGGUGAUGCACAUCAGACAGGUGCUGGUCAAGGCAGAGCUAGAAAAGUUCCAGCAAUACAAAGACAUUUACACCGCUAUGAAGAAGGGAAAGCUUUGCUACUGUUGUCGAACCAAAAGGUUUUCCUUUUUCACCUGGUCGUACACAUGCCAGUUUUGCAAAAGACCCGUGUGUUCACAGUGCUGUAAGAAGAUGCGGCUUCCGUCCAUGCCCUAUUCCAGCCUGCCCAUCUACUCCAUAGGCUCCACCAACACUCUUCCUAGGGAGAGGAUGGCAUCCAUGGCUGCCAUAGGGAAGGGACUGUCAGUGGCUGGUGGGCCGGGGCCGUCGGAAGUGGCCGGUGCCUCAGCGCCUCCUGCUUCAAAGGGUGCAGCGUCUAGACCUUUGGGUGCUGAUGCUAAAUCUGACAAAGCAUCCACUACCCAACAGCGCCACAGUUUUCAGAAGACCAUGUCUAAGUUUUCAAAACAUGGGUCACUGAAGUCUUACGAUGAAAUGGAGCUCCCUCCAGAGUUGACGGAGGACUGGGCCACCAUGGAGGUGUGUGUGGACUGUAAGAAGUUCAUCUCCGACAUUAUCUCCUCCAGCAAGCACAGCCUGUCGCUGGCCACCAAGCGGGCACGCUUAAAACGCAAGACCCAGUCCUUUUACAUGUCCUCUCCCAAAGGAAGAGAGGAUUACUGUCCAUCAGAACGGACAAUCAGUGAGAUCUAG